GCCCGCUCGGCAGCGCCUCCCGCCGCCCGGGACCAUGUGGCAGCCGGCCACGGAGCGGCUGCAGCACUUUCAGACCAUGUUAAAGACCAAGCUGAAUGUCCUAACUCUUCGGAAAGAGCCUCUCCCGACAGUGAUCUUCCAUGAACCAGAAGCCAUCGAGCUGUGCACCACAACACCCCUCAUGAAGACCCGGGCUCACACUGGAUGCAAGGUUACAUAUUUGGGUAAAGUUUCCACAACAGGGAUGCAAUUUUUGUCAGGCUGCACAGAGAAACCAGUCAUUGAAUUAUGGAAGAAGCACACACUUGCCAGGGAGGAUAUUUACCCUGCUAAUGCUCUUCUGGAAAUUCGCCCUUUCCAAGUCUGGCUGCAUCAUCUAGACCUCAAAGGCGAGGCAACAGUCCACAUGGAUACCUUUCAGGUAGCACGUAUCGCCUACUGCACUGCUGACCACAACAUCAGCCCAAACAUCUUUGCUUGGGUCUAUAGGGAGAUCAACGAUGACUUGUCCUACCAGAUGGACUGCCAUGCUGUAGAGUGUGAGAGCAAGCUGGAGGCCAAGAAGUUGGCUCACGCCAUGAUGGAGGCCUUUAAGAAGACUUUUCACAGCAUGAAAAGUGAUGGCCGGAUCCACAGGAAUAGUUCAUCAGAGGAAGUGUCUCAUGGAUUUGAAUCUGAUGAUGGCUGACUGAACUCAUUCGUGAUUCAGCAAAGGCAGAAACGGCCUAGGGAAUCAGAGCUGAUAGAUGAAUAAGCAACAGUUGAAACUGGGGAACAGAAAGACUGCCAAACCCUUGGCUGACUAGCUUUUUAAAUCAAGAGAGUAAUUUGGUACCUAAAGAUAUGCAUCAUUAAAGUAAUUAUGUUACAUUGAAACCUGCUGCUGUUGUAAACAUGAGAAAAAAGCUUCCCCCUCUUUUGCCCCAGAUGUCUUGCACCCACUCAUUGCUGCCUCUUUCUCAUCUCUAUAGUUCAGGUGCACACUGCGAAGUAGAGUCAUUCCUGUUUAUCUUAAAAGACUGGACAGGCAAUAUUACUGGUUGCUCCUCUGGUGUUCCUAGCUGGGGGAUGAUGAUGCAGAAGACCACGUAGACCUGGAAAGCCCUAAUGGCUCCUAAAGAAUCUCUCUCUGUGAUGCAUCACAAAAAUAAUUUGAUCAUACAUAGGCUAAGACAGCCAUACAUAGCCUUUUAGACUAGUGGCCUAGCAUUCUGCAGUUAGUUCACAUUUCACAGAUUAAAGAAUGAAAAAAGAUGCUUGUAUGUACACAUUAUAUCAUAUGCUAUCCUUUAUUUUAUUCAUUGUACCUAUUUUCUUAAUAUACCUGCUGCCACCUCUUUCAUCAGCACCAGUAGUUGCAGACUGCAGGAUACCAAAAAGGGUGGGCCAAACUCCCACAGUGGCUAGGAGUACAGCAAGCCAGCACCCUUAUCUGGGCAUUUUUGAGCCCUUAUUUGCUGCCCAAGUGAGUGGCCCACUGUUAAAGAGUUGAGGGACUCUUGGGUCUGUUGUCAGUGUUUGAACUGUGACUUCUCAUCAACCUCAGGUCUGAAGUGGUAUGAAGACGGUAGCCUCAACUCUGUGUUCUGUUGGCCCUGGCUGGAUGGAGCUGGUGCUUCCUAGUCAGGAAGCCAGGGCUGCAUUACCAUAAAAAUCAAAGGAAACGGUCCAGUAGGAGCCAGAUUUGAAUAACUGUUCUGGUUGAGAAGCUCAUUUUAAGAUUCUCAUACCUUUCCUUGUUCACAGAUAUAAAGAGUCAUGCCUUUCUUAAAUGCAGAUGUUUAAUAAAACUCCGAUAAAAGGAAAAACUUGUUUCACUUAAUAUUUUUUAAGGCCAAGAGCAGAUCAAUACUUUGCAAGUAAUGCUGCUCCUUUAUACAAUGCUAUUUGUAAUUUUGGUACUGUUAGGGGCACUGGGGCACCUUACAGAAGCCUUAAAAGAAAGCAAAUUGAAGCAGAUAGCUCACUGUGUUUUGUGGGUUUAUAUGUUUGUAUGUGAGUGCGUAUGUGCAAGUCCAGUGUUAAAGCAUGUAGACUGAGCAUGGAGACAUACUGAGGAGGGCCUUGAAAAUACGCUUACUGCUUUACAAUGUAUGUAAACUAUUCUGCAGCAUAAAUGCAUUCAUACUUUAAUAAAAAAAAAGUUUGAGUUAA